UUUGGUGACCGGAAGUAGAUAGUUUGUGACUGCUACUGUUUUGAGAUUGGGAUGAUUUCGCUUUUCCGCUCACGAAAUGUCAGACUCUUUGUUUCACGAGCGACAGCGGCUAGAGCUGUGCGCCGUGCACGCGCUCAAUAACUUACUGCAGCGGCCCGAGAUCACUCAGCAGCGGGCGGAGGAGAUAUGCAGAGGUUUGGCACCAAAUACCCUGUUUAACCCUCAUCGCAGUGUCCUGGGAACCGGAAACUAUGAUGUCAAUGUCAUUAUGGCUGCUCUUCACUCUUUGGACUAUGCAGCUGUGUGGUGGGACAAGAGGAGGUCCCUGGAGAGCUUGGUGUUAAGUGAAAUUCUAGGCUUCAUCUUAAACAUCCCUUCUCCUGUGUCUUUGGGCUUCCUGUCUCUUCCUAUCACUAGAAAACACUGGAUUGCUGUGCGUCAAAUUAAUGGCGUUUACUAUAACCUGGACUCAAAACUCAAAGCCCCAGCAAAACUUGGCAGUCCGAGAGAGCUGAGGGAGUUCCUCCAGGAUCACAUCUCACGGGGAUCGUGUGAAGUUCUGCUUGUUGUUCAGAAGGAUAAAGAAGAGGCAAGGCGUUGGUUAAGAGCUGAAGACAGGACUUAUUGAACCUUACACACCCAGAAACUUCAGUGUUAAAGCAUGGAAGCCACUAGUUGCCUCUGCUCUCAGCUGGGCUGAGUCCUUUACCCAAAAGACAUUUAAGUUAUAAUACUAAACUUUCAUAGAUUUUCAUAAUUUAUUUAUUUAUUGGAGCUAUGCUCUUCUGAACUUGUAAUCCUGUCUCUUCGGGAUGCAGUUUUGUUAAUCAUGCAAGUGAACAUUUAAUAACACUCUCUUGCACUAAUAUGCCUUCUAUAGAUGCCUUAAUGCCUUCUUUUUUAUUUUACUUGGUGCUAAGUUAAUAUAUUCCACAAUGAGAGUUUUUUUAUUAAAAUCAUUUUAAAUUAUCAAUA